AUGUGUGACAUGGGGGGACUGGAUAACCUGGUGGCCAACACGGCCUACCUAAAAGCCCAGGGUGGUGAUGACAAGGAGAUGAAAAAACGCCGCCGGAGCUUGUCUCUCCCCAAGCCUGACCAAUGCGCUGCGGUGCGAAGUUCCCUCGAGAAGGACUUUACAAUGAUUUGUGAACGGCAGCCUAUUGGCAAAAAGUUUUUCCGCGAGUUCCUGGCAAGUAAAACUGAGUUCAAGCUCGCCGCUGAUUUCCUGGAUGAGUUUUACGACUGGGAUCUGGCCGAAGGUCCAACGAAAGACAAGUCACGCACAAACAUCAUCAACAAGUACUGCAAGGCCGACUCCAAGAACUUCAUGUCCUUUCUUACCGGGGAGCCUGCUGAGAAAUGCAAGUCAGUCACAGAGGCCAACUUUGAAGAGGUGAUGAAGAGCAAGGUCCAGGAAGGUGUACGGGAGUUUCUGAAAAGCAAACCCUUCACAGAAUACCAGGCGAGCCCAUUCUUUGAUAAAUUCCUCCAGUGGAAAGAGUACGAGAAACAGCCCAUCAGUGACAAAUACUUCUAUGAGUUCAGAACUCUGGGAAAAGGAGGCUUCGGAGAGGUGUGUGCUGUUCAGGUGAAGAACACAGGCCAGAUGUACGCCUGCAAGAAGUUGUGUAAAAAGCGACUGAAGAAGAAAGGCGGUGAGAAGAUGGCCCUGUUGGAGAAGAAGAUCUUAGAGAAGGUUAACAGCCUGUUUCUGGUCAACUUGGCCUACGCUUACGACAGCAAGACCCACCUGUGCCUUGUCAUGACCCUGAUGAAUGGAGGAGACCUCAAGUACCACAUUUACAACAUAGGCUACGAUGGCAAGGGUGUGGACAAGGGCAUCGAGAUGAAGCGCAUCAUCCACUACACGGCACAGAUCACCACUGGCAUUCUCCAUCUGCAUGAGAUGGAUAUUAUAUAUCGUGAUAUGAAGCCGGAGAACGUGUUGCUGGACAGCCAAGGCCAAUGUCGACUCUCCGAUUUGGGUCUGGCCAUAGAGAUCGCUCCAGAGAAGACUGUCACCCAGAUGGCUGGUACCGGAGCCUACAUGGCCCCUGAGAUCCUGACCAAAACCCCGUACAGGACAUCAGUGGACUGGUGGGCCCUUGGGUGCAGUAUCUAUGAGAUGGUGGCCGGCUACACACCGUUCAAAGGCCCCGAGAGCAAAAAGGAGAAGGUGGAGAAGGAGGAGGUGCAGCGCCGUAUCACCAACGAGGAGCCGAAGUGGGAGCACAAGUGUUUCGAUGCCCCCACCAAAGACAUCAUCCAGCAGUUCCUCAAGAAAAAGAUAGAGGAGCGCCUCGGCAUGAAGAACAACCUGGAGGAUCCCAGGAAGCACGAGUGGUUCAAGACCAUAAACUUCCCCCGACUGGAGGCAGGACUAGUGGAUCCUCCGUGGGUCCCCAAGCCCAACGUUGUCUACGCCAAGGACACCGGCGACAUCGCAGAGUUCUCCGAGAUCAAGGGCAUCGAGUUUGACGCCAAGGAUGACAAAUUCUUCAAGGAGUUCGCCACAGGUGCAGUGCCCAUCCCGUGGCAGCAGGAGAUGAUUGACACUGGACUGUUCGAUGAGCUCAAUGAUCCCAACCGGAAAGAGGGUGGAGGAGGUUUUGAUGAUGAGAAGAAGUCUGGCACGUGUAUAUUGCUGUGA